UGUUGUUGUUGCUUCAAGGUGUCUGUACAAAAGAAGGCCAGGAUGAGUUUUAAAGUUAUUGUUCUCUUUGGAAUUUUGGCCCUUAUUAGUGAUUCUAUCGCUAAGCCAUUAACACAAGGUGCAAAAACGCAAGAAAUUGACAUAUUCAAAACAGCAGGGUCGUCAAAAGAUACUGUCAUCGAUGGACAUACUAUGGAUGACGAGAUGAUAGCUAACGUUCUAUCUGCGGUAGAAGUCGCUCUUGCGACUUAUGAUUUUACUUUGGAACGAGUUAGAUAUAUAAAAACUACUUUAACGGAACUGUAUCCAAACUUAUCAUUUAAUGUUAUUGAACAAUUUUCUAGCUAUUCGAUACACGGUACUCACAUUGCUACACUUAGGGGUUAUGAUUUCACUGGAGCAUACACUUGGUUCUUAAUCUAUGCUUAAAUUGAGAUAGUUUUUAAACAUGUUUUUCGGUUAUACCUAAUGUUAAUGUUGUUUCCUUAUCAAAUAAAUUGUUUAAAAAUAAU